AACACAGAAAAAAAAUAAAUGAAACCAACCUGGGCUUGCAAUAACCCGUGAAAAUGUUCAGCCGGCUAGUUUGUAUCAGCGAUUAUGAACAACAUGCUAAGUCAAUUCUUCAGAAGUCUAUAUAUGACUAUUAUAGGUCUGGAGCAAACGAUCAGGAAACCCUGGCUGAUAAUAUGGCAGCAUUUUCCAGAUGGAAGCUCUAUCCACGGAUGCUCCGGAAUGUUGCUGAAAUAGACCUGUCAACUUCUGUUUUAGGACAACGGGUCAGCAUGCCAAUAUGCGUGGGGGCUACGGCCAUGCAGUGCAUGGCUCACGUGGAUGGGGAGCUUGCAACUGUGCGAGCCUGCAGGUCACUGGGAACCGGCAUGAUGCUGAGUUCCUGGGCCACCUCCUCCAUUGAAGAAGUGGCAGAGGCCGGUGGCGAGGCGCUUCGCUGGCUGCAGCUGUACAUCUACAAGGACCGUGAAGUCACCAAGCAGCUCGUGCGGCGGGCCGAGCGGAUGGGCUACAAGGCCAUAUUUGUGACAGUGGACACCCCUUAUCUGGGCAACCGCUUUGACGACGUGCGAAACAGGUUCAAGCUGCCACCACAACUCAGGAUGAAAAAUUUUGAAAGCAAUGAUUUAGCAUUUUCUCCAAAGGAAAACUUUGGCGACACCAGUGGCCUUGCUGCAUACGUGGCAAAAGCUAUAGACCCAUCCAUCAGCUGGGAGGACAUUAAAUGGCUGAGGGGGCUGACAUCGCUGCCAAUUGUUGCCAAAGGAAUUUUGAGAGGAGAUGAUGCCAGGGAGGCAGUUAAACAUGGUUUGGAUGGGAUCUUGGUGUCGAAUCAUGGAGCUCGACAACUCGAUGGGGUGCCAGCCACUAUUGAUGCUCUGCCCGAAAUCGUGGAGGCCGUUGAAGAGAAGGUGGAAGUCUUCCUGGAUGGGGGUGUCCGGAAAGGCACUGAUGUUCUGAAAGCUCUGGCCCUGGGAGCCAAGGCUGUGUUUGUGGGGAGACCAAUCAUUUGGGGUUUGGCUUCCAAGGGAGAGAAAGGUGUUCAAGAUGUCCUUGAGAUACUAAAGGAAGAAUUCCGGUUGGCCAUGGCUCUGAGUGGGUGCCAGAAUGUGAAAGCCAUCGACAAGACAUUGGUGAGGAAAAAUCCUUUGGCCCUUUCCAAGAUCUGACAGUGCACAAUAUUUUCCCAUCUGUAUUAUUUUUUUUCCAGCAUGUAUUACUUGACAAAGAGACACUGUGCAGAGGGUGACCACAGUCUGUAAUUCCCCGCUUCGAUACAAAGGGUGUCGUUCUUCUCCAACAAAAUAGCAAUCCCUUUUAGUUCAUUGCUUUUGACUUUUCAAUGGGUGUCCUAGGAACCUUUUAGAAAGAAAUGGACCUGCAUCCUGGAAAUAUAUUAACUGUUAAAAAGAAAACAUUGAAAAUGUGUUUAGACAACGUCAUCCCUUGGCAGGCUAACGUGCUGAAAAACAAAAGAUAUCCUUUGGUAAACUUGAAGGUAGCUAAUGCUGAGGUGAAAAGAUAAUGAUCACACUGUUUAUUAGCCUGCAUUGUGUUUAGAUACCCAUAAAACACUGUUCUUAAAUUAUAAGCUCAGGUUCCAAAGGUUCAACAUGCCUGGGAGACUUGGAUUCACAACACUGACGAGGUAGCACUUGAUAGAAUUGGGAUGAGUGGGUGGUAAUUUGUGAUUUUCUAGGUACUUUUUUAAUACCCUGAGCUGUGCUACUUCUUUGAAUGUAGAUUUUCAUUCCCAUCUUCAG